AUGUACCAGCGCUCGGACCCGCUCAACGAGACGCUGCCGCUGACGCGCGGGCUGCGCUCCCGCCAGACGCUGCCGGCCGCGGGGCGCUCGCGCCGCCUGCUGUCCUCGACGGGCCGGCGCUUCAUCCGCUACGGCGUCGCGUGCCUCUUGUUCCUGGCCGUGGGGGACCUCAUGGUCACGCUCCAGCGCUCGCUGCAGACCGAGAACCUCAUCCGCACGGGCGAGCGCACGCCCGAGCCCACCGUCAUGGAGGACUCGGCCGACGCGGAGACGCCCGAUCUGCCCCGCGAGUCCUUUGCGGGCUUCUCGGACGAGAUCCUGACGCUGGCGGGCAAGCCCAGCGACUACACCGCGCGGCUCUUCUCGGGCUACUUGCCGCUGAACAACGGGGGUCACGCCUUCUACUUCCUGGCCGAGUCGCAGAGCUCCACGCCCCAGACGGACCCCGUGCUGCUGUGGCUCAAUGGAGGACCGGGAUCCAGCUCGCUGUCCGGCUGCUUCUCGGAGAACGGGCCGCUGCUGGUCAAUAUGGACGGCAAAACGCUCCGUGCCAACAAGUUUGCAUGGAACCAACGCGCCAAUCUGCUGUGCAUCGAGUCGCCGGUGGGCGUCGGAUUUAGCUACAACUCCAGUGGGGUCUACGAAGCCGAUGACCUCUCGCAGGCUCAGGAUCUGUACGACGCCCUGCAGAAGUUCUUUGGGAGGUUCCCGUGGCUAAGAGAGAACGACUUUGUUGUGUCGGGGGAGAGUUACGGUGGAAUUUAUGUGCCGACUACGGCGCUGGCCAUUGUCAAUGGAAACGCAGCUACGACUGAGAAGGCGAAGCGCAUUAACCUGAAGAAGUUCGUGGUGGGGAAUGGCGUGAACGAGUAUAUGGGACUCUCGACUGUAAUGUCUGCGUACUACCACGGACUCCUCAGCACAGAUCAGUAUCAGAAAUACCGAGCUAGCUGUCCCGACCUCCACGAGUUUGAGAAGAGCACCCUUGUCGCUCCUGGCCUGGGUGACGCAAGCUCGGAGUGCACGACCGCCACCAUGAACGUUUUUUCAACGCUGGUCUAUGACCGCAUCAAUAUGUACGACGUCUACAGCUCGUGUGCUGGCUCGCCUAAGGAGGAUAUUCAACGCCUGGUGAAGGAGAUCUUAACGCCGUCGACUCCGGGCAAGCUGCCGCACCCGAUUGGAAACACGAUGGAUUUGUGCCUGGACACGAAGCACCUCGAAUCUUACUUCAAUUUGGCUGAGGUUCGCGACGCGAUGCAUGCUAACCCAGCGCUAGCACACUGGAGCGGCGACGCGUUGACCACUGCAACUAUGGAAACGCUAGGCUCCAUCCUCGGUGUCGAUCACCCCAUGCUGCAGCACCCCCAGAUGUUGAAGUACACGCCGACCCUGAACACUGAGGUGACGCCGUUAUGGCGCGAAUUGCUUAAAAGCGGAGUGAAAGGUGUGAUCUAUCACGGCGACGCAGACUUGGUCUGCAAUGCUGUUGGCGGGCUGUGGGCAGUGGAGUCGCUGGGUCUUCCCCGCGUGGCGCCGCGGUCGGUCUGGACUUAUGGUGAGAAAGACUCGAAGCAAACGGGUGGCUUUGUGGAGGCUUUCGAGGGAAUUUCGUACGUGACUGUGAAGGGGGCAGGCCAUCUCGUGCCUAUGGACCAGCCUGAGAAGGCCAAGCAAAUGCUUGAGUUGUUCGUGCUCAACGACUUGGAGUACUACUAA